AGAUAUUUAAACUUUUAAGAAAUACAAAUAGAAAGUGCAUAAUGUAACUUUCCUUUUACUCCGUUUUACAACUUUUACUACCAAAGUUUAACUCCGGGUAAAUGAAAGAUGCAAGUAUACACAUAAAUGACAUAUCUUGUAUACUGUCAGUACGUGUAGUACGUUCAGUAUAGUAGCGUAUAUUGUAUGUCACAUAAACGAUUAGAAAUUUAUACUAAUAAUACUAACGCAUAUUAUAAAUCUACAUGAUGUGUACAGAAGCGAUUACAUUUUUGCAUUUCCUACACAAUAUGAUAAUUUUGAAGGAUCAUAAAGACGAUAAAAAUAACCAUGAUAGAAAAGAAUUACAUGGGUCAAACGAUAUAUCGAAAAAUGCUGAUUCAAAGAAUGGACAUUGGAAUAUGAACAAUAAAAAAAAAAGCAUAUUGAUUACUCGUGAACGUUUACAGAAACAAAUUAAGAAAAUGGAAAAAAUUAAGAGAAAAGUUGGAAUAAUGAUUCUGGUGGGUUUAUUGUGCUUUAUUUUUGGAAUAAGUGUUGGGAUUCUUUGGCCAUCUUUGUACAAAAGUAUUUUAACAAAGGAAAUAGUUUUAUCACCAAAUUCUACAAGUUUUCUUAUGUGGAAAAAAACACCUAUACCAAUGUAUUUGAAAAUAUAUCUAUAUAACUGGACAAAUCAUGCUAAUAUUGGAGAAAAGCCACAUUUUGUUCAAAUGGGACCUUAUGUUUUUAGGGAGGUAGAUUAUAAAGUAAACCAGAAAUGGAAUAAAAACAAUGGAACUAUAUCAUUUCAACAGAAACGAGUAUGGUACUUUUUAUCAUCAAUGUCAAAUGGAUCAUUAACAGACAAUGUGACAAAUUUAAAUCCUAUUGCUGCAACAAUAGCAUAUUCAGUUAGACAUAGAAAUAAAAUAGUAAAAAUGUUUAUAAAUAAGGCAUUGCAGAAACUUGAAACAAUAGUUAUUACAAAAUCAGUAAAAGACAUAUUAUUUGAUGGCUAUGAUGAUGUAUUAUUAAAAGUUGUUGUAGAUUUAAAUAUAACUAAACUACCUUUUGACAAAUUUGCUUGGUUUUAUGGUCGCAAUGGUUCGGAAUCUUAUGAUGGAACAUUUAAUAUGUUGACUGGAUUUGAUAAUAUAUAUGAUAUCGGAAUUAUAAAGUCAUGGAAAUAUAAUAUUAUUUCUCCAUAUUAUUCCAAAUCUUGUGGUAUUUUACAAGGAACUAAUGGAGAUUUAUGGCCUCCCCUACUUAAUAAUAAAACUGUUUCAUUAUUUUCCCCUGAUGUUUGCACAAUGUUAUCUUUAAAAUCAAAUGGUAAUAGUGAAUGGUUAGGUUUAACAGGUACUAAAUUUAUAUCAGAUGAAGAUAUGUUUGAUAACGGAACAAAAGUGGAAUCUAAAAAAUGUUAUUGCGAAGGUGUGGAUUGUCAACCUAGUGGAGUAUUAAAUAUUUCAUUAUGUAAAUUUGGUGCUCCUGCUUUCAUUAGCUUACCACAUUUUUAUCUGGCUGAUGAAAGUUACAGAUACAAUAUUAGUGGAAUGAAUCCUAAUAAAAAGGAUCACGAAUUUAUUUUAGUUAUACAACCGGAUACUGGAAUUCCAAUGCAAGUAAGGGCUGCUUUGCAAAUUAACUUUUUAGUACAACCAGAUCAAGGCUUAUCUUAUUUUAAAGAUAUGCCAAAGAUGUACAUACCAAUGUUAUGGUUUACACAAGAAGUAAACUUAUCAUCUGAAUACGCAAGUCAAGUAAAACUUUUAUUAAUGUUACCUAUACUUGGAACUGGAAUUUUAUUUUUUAUUGCAUCAGUUGGACUAUUAUUAAUUAUUAUUUCAAUCAUCAUGUAUCUUAAACAAAGAUUAAAAUAUAAUGAAAAUGAGAAUCUGAUACCAAAGGAAAAUGGAAGAGAAACAAUUGCUAAUAAUGAGGGAUGAUAGUUUUAUUCUAUUUAAAGAAACUGAAUUACACUUUUAGUAUCAAUUGAUGGAUUAUUAUUAUAAUAUAAAUAUGAUACAUAUGGUCUAAUUGAGAAAUGGUUAUAAUACUUAAGUGCCUAGACAUUUUUGUCAAGGAUAAUAAUGUUUACAGAUUCAAAGUUUAAAUCUAAAGU